AUGUGCCGUGCCGUGCCGGCCCGCGUGCCCAGCCCUCAGGCCCAGGCACGGCCCGAGGCGUGCCGCGUGCCUGGCACGGCCCGUUUAAAUCAUGUCGGGUCGGGCCCGUGCCGUGCCGUCGUGGCGGGCUGGCGGGCCGGCCUGUUUAGCCCGGCCCGUUUGGCUAGACUCCUCGCCACCAUCUUCCUCUUCCUGUCAAAAACACCGUCAGGAGCUCCUGUAGCGAGCGCCUCACCUCCCCAAGAACACCCGACGCCACCUGGACCCCCGCCGAGGCCCUCCCUCUACCGGAACCCCCUCCCCACGCCGCCUCCUUCCCACCUCGUCGCCCCCUGGAGGCCAUCCCUCGCCGCAUUCCUCCCUGUCGCUGGACCAGGAGCUGUCCAGGAAAGAGACGAGCACGCCAUCACCUCGCCGUCACCUGGAACCGCCCCGUUGCGUGGAAAAUCAGCCACCCAGGGACUCCUCCGCCGGUUCCACCUCUCCCCGCCAGUUUUCUCUCGCCAGAGCACCUCCCACCUCGCCGCCUCAUCUCCUGCAGUCACCGGAGUUCCCUGUAGCGCAGGUUCACAAACUCCCCAUGCUGGGCAUGCUCUAAGCUGCUUAUCACAACUUCGCACGGCAGCGAUGGACGGCGACGGCGGCACGGCGGCGGCCUGGAUGGCGACGCACCGCGGGAUGUACGAGCGGGCCACGCGGCACCCCUUCACCGUCUCGAUCCGCGACGGUUCCAUUGAUCUGGCCGCCUUCAAGCGCUGGCUCGGUCAGGACUACACAUUUGUGCAGGGAUUUGUUGCAUUUGUAGCUAGUGUACUGCUCAAGUGUUGCAAAGAAUCAGACAGCUCGGACAUGGAAACAAUCCUAGGUGGCUUGGCUUCUCUUAGCGAUGAGCUCUCUUGGUUCAAGAAGGAAGCCGCUAAAUGGAGUGUUGAUCUGGCCGGUAUUUCUCCCCUCAGUUCUAAUAUGGAGUACUGCAGGUUUCUCCAAAGCUUUGAUGAUCCAGAGAUCAGCUACACUGUUGCCAUAACUACGUUUUGGAUAAUUGAAACCGUGUACCAGGAUAGUUUUGCUUUCUGCAUAGAAGAAGGUAACAAGACGCCGGGGGAGCUGCUGCGGACCUGUCAGAGAUGGGGCAGUCCUGAGUUCAAGCUGUACUGCCAGUCUCUGCAGCAAAUCGCUGAUCGCUGCUUGGCGAAUGCGCCACCUGAUGUCGUCAAGAGUGCUGAAGAGGCCUUUCUUCGGGUGCUCGAGCUGGAGACUGGAUUCUGGGACAUGAGUUCUUCUCAGUCCUAAGCGGCAGCUAUAUCGUCAACGCCCGUGCAGUUCCUUAGACAAAAUAGAUGCCACAGUGGGUUCAGACUUGAGACCUGCAUUUUACUGUCAUUUUCCCUGUAUCUUGGUUUAUCUGGCGAACACCAUGCAAAUAACCUGGAUGAAAUAAAUGUUGUUGGUUCAGACCGCAACCUUGAUUUUCAUGUA